AUGCUGAAACGUUUUGUUCUAGUAUUAUUUCUAGCUUCAUGUAUCAUAAUGCAAGAUAUUGAUAUUGUAGAAUUUAUAGAAAAGUUAGUUACUUAUUUGAAAAAAAAAAUCAUAAACAAUUUGUUUUUGUUUCAGAAAUCUAGAUUAUGGAAUUAAUCCGUGCGAUGAUUUUUAUUCACAUUCUUGUCCUAAGAAAGCACCAUUUUCUGAUUUACUUUCAACAGCUUAUUCAAAACAAGUCAAAAAACUACCCAAUCGAUUAAAAAGAAUUGAGGUGAGAGUACUAUUCCGUUUGUUAGAAACAUGCAAAUCAUAAUUUUCAGACAAAACUUGAGAGGCUAAUUCGAAAAAGAGAUGUGCUCGCAGAUGCUACUUAUUUUGAAGAGGAAUAUUUAGAUAAGUUAGUUUUUUAUUUAAUUUUUGACUGAAAAUUGAUUGCCCUGAUCCAUGAUUCAUGAUGAAUUCCAGAUGUUUGGCAAACACAACAGCUGCAAAUCAAAUGUUACAAGAAUUAAAUGAAGAAUUUUUAUUAGAACUCAAAGGAAAAUGUUGUCAUCAAAACCUUGCACUUGAUUCAGAUUGCGAAAGAGCAUCAAAAAAUCUUCAAAUUCAAAUGAAAGACCGCGUUAAUCCGAAAGAUGGACAUACAAUAGCAUCCAUUAUAAAUAAUUGGAGUAAAAUACUGACACAAUUGAAAAAUUAUCAAGCACUGGUGUGGUUACAAGAAAAUGCGGGACCCCUGGAAGAAUUAAGAACAAUGUUCAACGAAUUCAAAUAUGAAUUUGCACAGUUAUUUGAGGUGAAUACUAUUAUUUUUUGUAAAAUUCAUAACGUUUUCAGCAAACACCAUGGAUUAAAUCAUCUGGAACAUUACGAACAUUUCAAAAAAUCUUCGAUCAAAUAAAAUUGAAUGACUUCGAACAAUUUAAAUCUUUCACAGAUCCAAUCAUUGAAGAAAUUGAAAAUGCUUGGGAUAAAUGUGAAUCGUAUGUUGUUAACUUCAUAUUAAACCUGACAAACAUUUGAAAAUCUUACAGAAGAACAUCAGAUUCAGCAUUAUUUUAUUGUAUCUCAAAAAUUCAUCCUAAACACUACGUGAAAAAAUCAUUACACGAUAUCCAUUAUUAUUUUCGUGAAUCAAUAAUAUCAAUUUCAAAUCCACUUAUUUCAUUAUUCUCAUCAAACCUUCCACCGGCUAUUAAAGUAAGUCUAUUUUUCGAUUUUUUUUUAUUUAAAAUUUAUUUAAAGUAUGGAAUAUUUGGAAGUAUGCUUGGACAAGAAAUGGCUUUAUCAGUUCUGCCAAACAAAGAUAGUUUUAUACCUUAUUUUUCCAAAAAAGUAGAAGAAAACAUAAAUAAUCAAUUCAAUAAGUCAUCGACUGUUUUUGAGGUAAUUUGAGCGCUUUUUUUCUAAUGUAAAAAUGUAAUUUUUCAGAGAGAAGCAGAUUCAAAGGAUUUUCAAAAAUACGGCAAGCUAUUUCUUGGAGUUCCAUUUGCGUAUGAAGUUUUCAAAAAUAAUUAUGAGUGUCAAUUGAAUGUCAGAAAUUUUUUAAGAAUUAUUUUGGAUAACACAUUUUUUGCAGAAAUCCGUGAGAGGUUAUACAAGAUGUUGGACACCUGCCCAACUAUUUUUUUAUGCUGCUAACUUUUUUAAUUGCGGGGUAUGUUUUCCAGAGUAUAAAGAAAAAACAAAUUAUUGGUUAUUUCAGAAAUUUGACGAUGAUUCAAAAUCCGUUAUCAACACAAUUUUUGCACAAAUUCCAGAUUUUGGAAAAGUUUUUGAAUGUAAUGCUGGAGACAAGAUGUUAUUGUCCUUUGAUGUGAGAAAUUUUGUUUUCAGAAUAUUUCAAAAUUCUAAAUUUCAGAAACAAAUUUCAAUAUUUGGCAAAUAUGCACCGGAAAAAUAA